AUGUUCAACCAUAGCUUCUUGUCUCUGAGGCGUCUUAUUGCCGGCAUAUCGGCGCUCAUCGUCAUUCUCACUACCUUGCGUCUUCUUCAUCCGAUGAGAGGGCCACAACCCGGACUGCUCGGUGGGAGUGGCAGUGCUUUGGUGCCUGAUCCUUUAGGACCCCCCGUGGACUACCUCGAAAAAAAUCCCGAUCCGCGGUCCUGUACAGAACGCCUCGGGCUGGCAUAUCUGGAAGGGUUUCGAGAAAAUCGUGCGCAGUACUGUUCGCCCGCUUCUCCAUCGCAACUUAUGUGCUUCCACAGCCAGACUACUCCGGAUGGACGAGUUGACUCUUUCUGUGUCGGACAAAAUGCAGUGUUUAGCUCCUCUUUAGGCAAAUUUCAGUUUUCUUGCGAGAGAGUCGAGCCCCGAGGAGUAGAGAGCAAUCAGACUGCACCCACUCUGGAGGAAUUUCCUUCAUACAUGUACAAAACAGGGCCCCGUCACAUUUUCGAUGACUUGGUCAAUCUAGAUUCGCAGAUCGCAGACAACAAGGCGAUGGAAGGAAUCACUAUUCUGGUAAAGCGCGAAGGGGCGGAUAACAUCUGGCAUAGUCUCAUGGAAAUUAUGGCUACAAGUAUGACACUCGAUGUCCUCCAGAUGACACGUUCGGCGGGCAGCCUCCACCCUAUAAUCAGUACCGAAGACGCCCUGAAUACUCAGGUAGUUAUCGUCGACAGUCACAAUAACGGACCAUACUUCGAUCUAUGGCGACUAUUUGCCAAAAUGCCGGUGACUCGACUUCCUGAUCUCUCAACAGAUUUCAACACCAGCCUGGUCAUUAUUCCUCUGCCUGGCGGUAGCAACCCAAUUUGGCAGGGCGAUUGGGAACCAAAUAUCUGCCAACACUCAGAUCUAUUGCGGACUUUCGAACGUCGUGUCCGACAGCACUUCAAUAUCACAGAACCCAUCAAGCUGCCAGACCAGGUAGUCGUGACAUUUAUCAAACGCGAAGGCACGCGUAAGCUAAUUGAUCAAGACGCACGCAUUGAGGCACUGCGAGAGCAAUAUCAUGAGGAUAAAGUUCUCAUACAAGUUAUUGACUUCGCUGUACUGCCAUUAACACAACAGAUACAGAUCAUUCGCAGCACGGACGUGCUCGUUGGUGUUCACGGAGCCGGCCUCACACAUGGUCUUUGGUUACGCGAAGGGUCGGCUAUGGUGGAGAUUCUACCGGACAGUUUCGAACAUAAGGGCUUUCGUAACCUCGCCGGCGCUCUGGGCCAUAAUUACUUCAGUACCCACGCUUCCACACGAAAGACAAGCAGGAGGAGCGAUAACACGUGGCAAAUGUCAGACGUCACUUUGGAUGAAGGGCGAUGGCUCCAGCUGGUGGAUGUUGCGAUAAGGAGCAUGUAUAAUAAAGGUCGACAUAAUUUUGACAUCAAUUGA